CUGCUCGUCUACCUACAUUCGGUUUUGCGAAAACGCUUUCAGCGUAUAGCUGCAUUAUUGGUAAAUAGGGGCAAGGUAGCGCAUGGGCAGCCAGUGGGGAAUAAUUCCACAUCGCAUCACAUGUCUUACAUUGCGUCCUUAUAUGAACGAAACCUUGCAUUUGAUAAUAUUUUGUGAAUUAACAAUAGCCUAACAGUCAUUUUCGAAUUCUGGUAACCUUGGCAAUCAGGUCGCAUUAGAUGGGUAUUCAUAUAGUCCUCUGUUGCAAGAUCGUGGAAACGAUAUGGGUUUCGGCACCCAUGAAUCAUGGCUAAUUCCUGCAAAUAUUGCCACCGGCGCAGUGUAUUUACAUCCUUAAAACGUUUUCGGCAUGUAGGAUGGUAUGAGGGAACGACUUGGCAAGCCAAUGGGAAGAUAUGCAUAUUUUAACACGCUUGUCGAGAUGGCCCACCCCUCUCCUCUGUCUCAUCGACGGCCAACCGGCAUACACGGAGACAUCAAUGAGAUGACCUGGGAACUCAAAAUCAGACCAAAUUCACUAGACGACUAAGGACCUUAUUCCAACUGUGUGCAGCAAUACUUCAUUCAAACGCUACUUCACCGAGAAGAGCAAUGUAGAACCUGCACCUUCAGGAUUGCAUGACUUCUUUCCUUGCCUGGAUUUCAGCACACAGUCAGAUCUACCAGGACAGAGUAUGCCAUCUGCAUCUUUCCACAGAAUUCUACGACCAUUUCUACUUGGCACCUUUCUCCUGGGCUGUUUUGUGACUCUGUUUUUGAUGUACUUCAAACCGUCAACUAGCUGGCUAUCAGGUCCUGUAGAGUCAACAGCAUCCACUAUCCAAGUUAAAAAUCUCUUCUCUACCAAGGGUGACAAAAACCUGACCACUGUACUCGUCUGGCUCUGGCCCUUUGGACAGACCUAUGACAUUGGUGUCUGCAGCUCUCUGUUCAACAUUGAGGGCUGUUUCAUCACAGCAGAUCGGAACCUAUAUAAUAAGUCAGAUGGGGUCAUCAUACAUCACAGGGAUAUCUGUACUGAUCUCUCCAACCUGCCCCCCCUUCAGCGUCCCUCCUUCCAAAAGUGGAUAUGGAUGAACCUAGAGUCACCAUCCCACUCCUCUCAGCUGCCCGGUAUCGAAAACCUGUUCAAUUUAACUCUGAACUAUCGCCAGGAUGCUGAUAUCGAAGUGCCUUAUGGGUCGAUUGUGACGGCCCAAGGGGACGAGGAUUUCGUGCCACCGAGCAAAAGCAAGUUGAUCUGCUGGAUUGUCAGCAACUGGAACCAGGAUCACGUGCGAGUGAAGUACUACAACGAGCUCUAUAAACAUAUUGAGGUUCACGCUUAUGGACAAGCCUUUGGAGAGUACAUUGCAGAUCAAGAAUACUUUCCUACCAUCGCCAGUUGUAAAUUCUACUUGGCGUUUGAGAACUCAAUUCACAAAGACUACAUCACAGAGAAACUGUAUAACCCACUCUCUGUAGGGACGGUGCCUGUGGUUUUAGGUCCGCCAAGACAGAACUACGAGAACUUUGUCCAGGGGGAAGCCUUUAUCCAUGUGGAUGACUUCACCUCACCCAAAGAGCUGGCUGACUAUCUCCUGCUCUUGGACAGGAAUGAGGAAAUGUACCUGAGGUACUUUGAGUGGCGACGGCACUUUAAGGUGAAAAAGGCAUACUUCUGGGCCGAACACACGUGCCUCGCUUGUGAUCAUCUCAGAAGGCACAAGGAGUACAAGGCAUUCAAUAACCUCGAUAAAUGGUUUUGGGGUGGAACGCCUUGAAGGGCCAAGAAAUUGUUGUUUUGCAGUUGGAGGCAUUGCUUUAAAAUAUAUUCAGUCAUGAUGUAUUUGACAUUGACAAUGUUCCAACAUGUUUUUCUCACUGGUUAUAGGGGCCCAAAUGAGCCAUUCUCUUUUUUAUUUUGUUACCAGACAGAUUUGCUCAGUCUUAAUGUGUCUAUUGCAUUUCAAUUCAAUCAUGAUUUAUGUUGUAAUUUGCAAUGCAUUUAAUAUUUGUUUCAUAAAAUCUCACUUUUAUACAUGACCAAAAGUAUGUGGACACCUGCUCGUCGAACAUCUCAUUCCAGAAUCAUGGGCAUUAAUAUGGAGUUGGUCCCCCCUUUUGCUGCUAUAACAGCCUCUACUCUUCUGGGAAGGCUUUCCACUAGAUGUUGGAACAUUGCUGCAGGGACUUGCUUCCAUUCAGCCACAAGAGCAUUAGUGAGGUCGGGCACUGAUGUUGGGCGAUUAGGCCUGGCUCGCAGUCGGCAUUCCAAUUCAUCCCAAAGGUGUUCGAUGGGGUUGAGGUCAGAGCUCUGUGCAGGCCAGUCAAGUUCUUCCACAACGAUUUCGGACAAACCAUUUCUGUAUGGACCUCAGUGCACAGGGGCAUUGUCAUGCUGAAACAGGAAAGGGCCUUCUCCAAACUUUUGCUACAAAGUUGGAAACACAGAAUCAUCUAGAAUGUCAUUGUAUGCUGUAGCUUAAGAUUUCCCUUCACUGGAACUAAGGGGCCCGAACCAUGAACAGCCUCAGACCAUUAUUCCUCCUCCACCGAACUUUACAGUUGGCGCUACGCAUUCGGGCAGGUAGCGUUUCUCCUGGCAACCGCCAAACCCAGAUUCGUCCAUCGGACUGCCAGAUGAUGAAGCGUGAUUCAUCACUCCAGAGAACGUGUUUCCACUGCUCUAGAGUCCAAUGGCGGUAAUAUUUACACCUCUCCAGCUGACGCUUGGCAUUGCGCAUGGUGAUCUUAGGCUUGUGUGCGACUGCUCGGCCAUUUCAUGAAGCUCCCGACGAACAGUUCUUAAACUGACGUUGCUUCCAGAGGCAGUUUGGAACUUGGUAGUGACUGCUGCAACCGAGGACAGACGAUUUUUACCCGCUACGCGCUUCAGCAUUCGGCGGUCCCGUUCUGUGAGUUUGUGUGGCUUACCACUUCGCCGCUGAGCCGUUGUUGCUCCUAGACGUUUCCACAUCCCUAAUAAACACUAAAUGCAGCACUUAAAGUUGACUGGUGCAGCUCUAGCAGGGCAGAAACUCGACGAACUGAUUUGUUGGAAAGGUGGCAUCCUAUGACAGUGCAACGUUGAAAGUCACUGAGCUCUUCAGUAAGGACAUUCUACUGUCAAUGUUUGUACAUGGGGAUUACAUGGCUGUGUACUCGAUUUUAUACACCUGUCAGCAACGGAUAUGGCUGAAAUAGCAGAAUCCAUUCAUUUGAAGGGCUGUCCACAUACUUUUGUGUAUAUAGGUGUGUUUAAUCUCUGAAUGUGACCACAUAUGCUGCUAUUUGUUUUUUAUGAUGUACUGUAACUGUUUUGCUAUAUGGGAAUCGGGCUGGCAUGACAUUUUCAUAUGACAGUAUACAAUACAUUUUUGAAAUUGAAGAAAUAGUUGUCAAUUAAAAUAUGUACUAUUUAUUGAAUUGAGGCAUUUUAUGAUAGACCUUCAUAUGUAUUAGUGAUACAGUCAUCUAUGCAGUGUUUAUUGAACACAUAUGAAAGUAAUUCAAUUGUGUCAUUUACUGUCAAAUGUAAAUUUGUGUAUUGUUUGAAGGUUGCAUUUGCACCGCAAAACACACUGACACUCAUCUUUGAUCAUGUAUGUACAGUAAUACAGUGCAGAAAGAAGGAAAGGAAGAUACAUAAAAAAUAGAGAACUAUUAUGUUAAUAGUGGUUUCUUAGUGAGCAUUAUCACAUUAAAUGCAUUGCAGUUCUAUCAUAUGCUCCAUGAAUAUUUUACUUACAAUGCGAACAUUAUCCAAUUUCAUUUGGAAUGUUUUUGCUCUCAAAUAUUUACAUCCUAUUGUGGUACAAUGAUGAGAGCACACAUUUGACAUGAAUAAUGCAUCAUAUGCUUAUCUGUGUGGGCUUGUCUAUUGCCAUCUAGCCACAUUGUCUUAAAUAUUCACUUGUAUAUCUUUAACCUUUAAGCAAAUUUCACCAUAUGAGUUCAGUGCAUGAAAAAUAGGAUAACUAUUCAAGCUUGUAUCUGCCCACACAUCUGUGGUUUCAUUGUGAAAGAUUGAAAAUGCUAUAUACUUGCUUAGAUUUGUUAUUUUUUUACCAAAGAUACCUCCAACCUUGAACUUAAACACCACAUAAUGAUCUGAGGUAGUAUGUACAUUAUGUACACUACCGUUCAAAAGUUUGGGGUCACGUCGAAAUGUCCUUGUUUUUGAAAAAAAGAAAAGUUGUCCAUUUAUUUUAUUUAUUUUACCAGGUAAGUUGACUGAGAACACGUUCUCAUUUGCAGCAACGACCUGGGGAAUAGUUACAGGGGAGAGGAGGGGGAUGAAUGAGCCAAUUGUAAACUGGGGAUUAUUAGGUGACCAUGAUGGUUUGAGGGCCAGAUUGGGAAUUUAGCCAGGACACCGGGGUUAACACCCCUACUCUUACGAUAAGUGCCAUGGGAUCUUUAAUGACCUCAGAGAGUCAGGACACCCGUUUAACGUCCCAUCCGAAAGACGGCACCCUACACAGGGCAGUGUCCCAAUCACUGCCCUGGGGCAUUGGGAUAUUGUUUUUUAGACCAGAGGAAAGAGUGCCUCCUACUGGCCCUCCAACACCACUUCCGGCAGCAUCUGGUCUCCCAUCCAGGGACUGACCAGGACCAACCCUGCUUAGCUUCAGAAGCAAGCCAGCAGUGGUAUGCAGGGUUUAAAAUAACAUCAAAUUGAUCAGAAAUACAGUGUAUUCUUUCAAAAACAAGGACAUUUUGAAGUGACCCCAAACUUCUGAACGAUAGUGUAUAUCAUAAUACCUGUCAUUGUCGUGUUUGACUAUGUUAUGAUGCUGGUAUGAUGUAUCGUUCAAAUACAGUGUACCACUUUCGUUGAAGGUUGAAUACACAAACCAUUCAGCAUACAUAAACGAUUCAUAAAAUGUUCAUGAAAUCGGUACCCUAAUGACCUUCAAAGUGCAUUCAUUAUUGAAUAGUAUGUCACAUGACAGGAUAAAUGUGAAAAUGAAAGUCACGUGAACAAAUACAUUUUUGGCAGAACAAAACAUUUUCUUCCCUUAUUUUACUUUAUUGGUUCACUGAAAUACUGUUUACUUGUUACUAUUUCCAAAACCUCUAGAGCAUUAUUAUAUAUCACUACAAAGUAAUCAUGAAUGUUGCCAUUGUUAUACUUUGAAUUUAAUUUCCAAAUAUCCAGCACAAAGCAUAUUCUUGAAAUGGUCUGAAAUAAUAUCCUACCUCUGAUGUUUUUACCAAAAACAGAACACAGUCACCGGCAAUUGUUAAAAGCAAUUUAGCCAUUUCCUUUUGCUUUCCAAAUGUAAAAAACACAAGGUUUACUUACCAUAAAUUAUUUUGUAAUGUAAAUGAUAGUGAUCAACCAAAACAUGAAAUAAGAAAAUGUUUCUGUUUGGCAAGAACAACGAUUAACUGUGGACUAAUGUCACUAAUGACAUGCAGUUGAUCCUCAAAUAUAUGAACCUCAGAGUUAGACUGACCGGUCAACCGAAUGGGGAAAUAUAACUUCUGUUGCUUACAUGCUCUAAAAAUACACCAGAUAUUUACAGUAUCUGGCUAUAUGUUUUGCAUACACAUGUAGAAAUGCAAUCAAUAAAAGUAAUAAAAGGUUUGAGAAGUUGAAUUUGAAAGUUAAGGACAUUUCAGUGUUCCGAACUACCACCAUUUCCAAUGUUUUCCCAUCUGAGUUCUUUCUGUUGAUGCUUUACGAAUGCACUAUGAAGGUCUUUAUAAAUGGAUGUGUUAUGAAUGUUUCGUAUGCUGUUAUGAAUGCUUUAUGUAGGAGUAAUGGAUGUCACUGUGCUUGCUUAGCUGUGCCACUUCCUUCAGCUCACACCGAGAAAAUGACCUCUGCCUCGCGACACACGGCGACCCUCUCGAAACACCUUUAGCUAGCUGCGCUACCAAAAAAGCUACAUUACCAAUGCAAUGCUACAGGUGGUAGUUUCAAGCCAAGUUAGGGCUGGAUUCAAUCCGUUUUGCAGAAGAUCCGCAGUAUAGCACAAUUCAAAUGUAAAGGUAAUUUCCGUUUGAGCCGACAUAUGCAGCGUUUACCAUGAAUGCAGUCUCCGCAAGCACAGGAACAUUGCCUUUAAUUAUCAAUCGCGCCAUCUUCCACGAUACGCAUUAAAUCAAGUUAUUACAUGCAACCUUCAAAGUUAUUGUCACCUAAAGGGUUACCAUUGAAUCUUAGAGCAAAAGAUGUGAACAACUUUCAGGCUGCUUUCAUUUUGUUAUUUGUACCAUUUGUAUUUGGAUCAUUUGUAUUAAGAGGGUAAAUAUGUAUUUUUCUUAUAGACUAUGUAGAAAAAAAAACAAUCAUAGCCUCUACAUGUCGAAUACGUCACCUUUUGUUGACUCCCUGAAGAUGAUCUACAGUACUGUGCACGGCCAACAUUCGUAAUGGUGUGUUCCAUCCUUAAAACAAACUAGUCCACUGACACAGAUUUAGCCUGUAUGUAGACGAGCGGAAUUCUGUAACGUUCAUUUAAAAAAACACCCCACAGCUCUACCAUUAAUUAAAACGUGUAGAAAGAUUUAAGAAGGCCGUUCAACAAAUGGCUUUUUAUUCCACUGUUCCAGUCUGUGAUUUGUUUAUACUGCUGUGACAUAGCCUAGUUCCAAAGGCUGAAGCAGAGCUGCGCCAGCGGUGUAUUAUAGUGUUCCGCAAGUCAGGGGUGAGCUGCACAGAGCACAGCAAAGUCGAUCAAUCUAGCUGAUAUUGUGGGCAGCUGACAGUAAUAUGUAGGCUACCCUUGGUUGGGCCAUUUUUUUAUAAAAUUCUCAGUAUCUAAUAAUGCCCAGGGAGUAAGCCAAUAACUACUGGCUAAUAGAUUAACUUUUUUUAUUUGACAAGGCAAGUCAGUUAAGAACAAAUUGUUAUUUACAAUGACAGCCUACCCCGGCCAAACCCGGCCAACGCUGGCCCAAUUGGGCACCUCCCAAUCACGGCCAGAUGUGAUUCAGCAUGAAUUCAAACCAGGGACUGUAGUGAUAACUCAUUGCACUGAGAUGCAGUGCCUUAGACAGCUGCGCCACUCGGGAGCCCAACUUGCAGAGGUAGGUAUUAAUAAAUAACUUGCGAGUAAAAUGAAAUGACAGCACAUAGUCCAUUAGUGUCAGCAGACCACUACAUUUUUACAGCCACAGAUUAUAGCUAAUUAAAAGAUUGUAUUCUUCAGCUCAGCCACUGGCGUUGCCUUGCUUCGAUCUCCUGGCUAUGUCAUAGUUGUAUCAACCAAUCAUAUUUUCAAAUGAUGCAAUUAAAUACAGUCAAUCAAGACCGUCCGUCAAAAGGCAUUCUAAACACUUUAGAAUAAUGUAGUGUAUAUUUUGAAAUGUGUAAUAUUUCAGUCGCUAACGUUGAAGUGUAUUUAGCUUUAAAUAAUGUUGGUGCUUCAAAGCAGCUCAUGAACGAUGGGGGGAAAAGAGACACUCAAACCAGAGAGCCAGUGUUGAAGACAGUGGUAAUACUGUUGUGGGAAGGACAUUUUUCCACCAGUGAGACAAUUACACAAAUAAGAUUGCAGACAGUUUUUUGGCUUAGACGCUAAUCCCGUUGUGACAUUACCUAAUUUCAACCAUCUUUUUGAAAUUCAGCAGAGAUAUAGAACUUUUAUUGAUGUGUCACUCAUUGUGCUGGUGGCUGUCUCAAAUGGAGCCGUCGUGAGUUCAUGAACUGUCCCAGAAUAUGAUUCUGAAACUGUUUUGCUGUACAGAAAUUAAACUGAGGUUCAAUGUGGUGGGGAUCUGUCUCAAAAGGUUUGUUCUCUGAUCUCUUUGCACAAAUUCUGUUGUCCCUUUUCAAGUCAGGAUGUGUUUCCUAUUCAAGUCAGUGUCAUGGGCAUCGUCUCUGCAUGAAGUGCAUUCUUCAUGUUUUGCUGAAUCCUAAUUGAACAAUGCUCAUUUUUUGCCAGUUUACUGGAAGAGAUUACAAGGUUUUUGCCAAAUCAUUGUAUUUUGCCAAAUGUUGUGUUGAACUGUCGAUGUGUUUUAGUGUCAAGAAAAUAAAGAAAUUGAUAAAAGCAAA